AUGCCACCGAACAUCAAAGCCGAUCGAAUAGAGAGUAAUUUAGCGGUCACCCUACGAAGCUUGGCUAAGGAUUGUACUGUUUGCACUGAGACCGAAACAACUUCAGCUGGAUCUGAGAUAUCACGCCUCCGCACUGCAGCUGUGCCGACCAAAAAGACGACAGGAAGCCUUAUCCCAUUUGGAUGGGAUAAGCUGACACCUGAGAGGUGA